AUGGAGACAGGAGGCCCUGGCUUGAACCCCAUGGAGCCCCAGUCAUUGCAGCUGAUGCUGGAGGGGCAGGUGCUGGCACUACAACAGCAGAUGGCAGAGAACCAAGCAGCCUCCUGGAGAAAGCUGAAGAGCUCCCAGGAGGCCCAGCAGAGGCAAGCAACCCUCGUGCGGAAGCUGCAGGCCAAGGUGUUGCAGUACCGGAACUGGUGCCAAGAGCUGGAGAAGCAACUGGAAGCCACUGGGGGACUAAUUCCUCAGAGGUGGGAAAGCGUGGAGGAACCAAACCUGGAACAGCUGCUACUCCGAUUGGAGGAUGAGCAACAGAGGUGUGAGAGUUUAGCAGAGGUGAACACCCAACUUCAUUUACACAUGGAAAAAGCUGACUUGGUGAAUAAAGCCCUUCGGGAAGAUGUGGAAAAAUUGACUGUGGAUUGGAGCCGAGCCCGGGAUGAGCUAAUGAGGAAGGAGAGCCAGUGGCGGAUGGAGCAGGAGUUCUUCAAGGGCUACCUGAAAGGGGAACAUGGUCGUCUUCUCAGCCUAUGGAGAGAGGUAGUGACCUUCCGACGCCACUUCCUGAAGAUGAAGUCAGCCACUGACAGGGAUCUGAUGGAGCUAAAGGCUGAGCACAUGAAGCUUUCAGGGUCCUUGUUGACCUGUUGUCUGCGCUUGACGAUGGGAACACAGUCUCGGGAAUCUGAUGGAUCUGGGAGACUGGAUGGGAGCGAGCCAGGCCAGCUGCUGCUGUUACUAGCCAAAACCCAGGAGCUGGAGAAGGAAGCCCAUGAGAAGAGCCAGGAGCUAAUCCACCUGAAGAACCAAGGGGAUCUGGAGAAGGUCGAGCUUCAGGACCGGAUAACAGAGCUCUCUACUUUGCUGACCCAGUCUCAGAAGCAAAAUGAAGAAUAUGAAAAGAUGGUAAAGGCUCUGAGAGAGACGAUGGAGAUGCUGGAGACAAAUCAUGCAGAAUUAAUGGAACAUGAGGCAUCUCUCAGUAGGAAUGCCCAGGAGGAGAAGCUGUCAUUGCAGCAGGUGAUCAAGGAUAUAACCCAGGCCAUGGUAGAAGAAGGGGACAAUAUGACCCAAGGCUGUGGUGAUGAGAGCCCCUUGGAGUUGGAUUCUAGUGGCUUCUCCCAGCUUGACCCCCAGGACCCAGACAAGGCUCUCACUCUAGUGCGUUCAGUACUGACCCGCAGACGUCAGGCUGUACAGAACCUGAGGCAGCAGCUUUCCGGCUGUCAGGAGGCUGUGAGCUUCUUGCAACAGCAGCAUGACCAGUGGAAAGAAGAGGGGGAGGCUUUGCGACAGCGACUGCAGGCACUCACUGGGGAGCGGGACACUCUGGUGGGACAAACUGUCGACCUCCAGGGAGAAGUGGACUCUCUCAGCAAAGAGCGAGAGCUCCUGGAAAAGGCCAGGGAAGGGCUGCAGCAGCAACUGGAAGUGCUGGAGCAGGAGGCCUGGCGCCUUCGAAGGACAAACAUGGAGCUGCAGCUGCAGGGGGACUCUGCUCAGGGGGAGAAGGAAGAACAGCAGGAGGAGCUGCACUUGGCUGUCCGUGAAAGGGAGCGCCUUCAGGAGACGCUGGCAAGCCUGGAAGCCAAACAAUCGGAAUCACUCAGUGAACUGGUCACUCUUCGGGAAGCCUUGGAGUCAAGUCACCUGGAAGGAGAGUUACUGAGGCAAGAGCAAGGAGAAAUAACUGCAGCGCUGGUGAGGGCGGAACAGUCCAUUGCGGAGCUGUCGAGUUCUGAGAACAGCCUAAAGGUAGAGGUCGCUGAUCUUCGGGCUGCAGCUGUCAAGCUUAGUGCCUUAAAUGAGGCUUUGGCCUUAGAUAAAGUUGGACUCAAUCAACAGCUUCUCCAGUUAGAACUGGAGAACCAGUCCAUGUGCGGCAGAAUGGAGGCAGCAGAGCAGGCAAGAAACGCUCUUCAGAUGGACCUGGCAGAGGCAGAGAGGAGCAAGGAAACCCUGUGGGAACAGAAAACUCACCUGGAGGCACAGCUGCAGAAAGCAGAGGAGACUGGGACUGAGCUCCAGGCAGCUCUCCGGGGCAUCCAAGAAGAGAAGGAAGAAAUUCAGGGGAAACUACAUGAGGCGUGCCAUCAGCAGGAGGCAGCCACAGCUCAGCUGGAACAGCUGCAGCAGGAAGCAAAUCGACAAGAAGAAGUGCUGAGCAGGGCAGUCCAGGAGAAGGAGGCCCUAAUUCGAGAGAAGGCGGCUCUCCAGGUGCGGCUGCAGGCUGUGGAGCGGGACCGGCAGGGCCUCUCUGAACAACUGCUGGGCCUCAGCUCAGCCAAGGAGCUACUGGAGAGCAGUCUGUUUGAGGCCCAACAACAAAAUUCUCUGAUCGAGGUCACCAAGGGGCAGCUGGAGGUCCAGAUUCAAACUGUCACUCAAGCCAAGGAUGUGAUCCAAGGGGAGGUGAGAUGCCUAAAGUUGGAACUGGACACUGAACGGAGCCGGGCAGAGCAAGAGCGGGAUACAGCAGCCAAGCAGCUGGCCCUGGCUGAGCAAGAGAGGCAGGCUGCCCUGCAGCAGCAGAAGGCAGCCCAUGAGGAGGAGGUGGACCGGCUCCAGGAGAAUUGGGAUAAAGAGCGCUCCUGGCGGCAGCAGGAGCUGGAGCAAGCUGUGGAGGGCCUGGAAAAGGAGAAAAUGGAGCUGGAGAUGAGGCUGAGGGAGCAGCAGGCAGAAACUGAGGCUAUCCGGGUACAGAAGGAGGAAGAGCGAGCCCAGGCUGAGAGUGCCCUGUGCCAGAUGCAACUUGAAACAGAGAAGGAGAGAGUGUCCCUCCUGGAGACACUCCUGCAGACCCAGAAGGAGCUGGCAGAUGCCAGCCAACAACUGGAACGGCUGAGGCAGGACAUGAAGGUUCAGAAGCUGAAGGAGCAGGAGAUCAGUGUGAUGCUGCAGACCCAGCUCCAAGAGACCCAGCGGGAACUCCAGGAGGUGGCUAAGCAGCACAGAGACGACCUUGCUGCUAUCCAAGCAGAAGGCAGCAUCCUGCUGCAGGAUAAGAUGGACCUGCAGAAGCAGAUGGAGGACUUGAAGUCUCAGCUGGUUGCCAAGGAUGAGUCCAGGAGACUGAUAGAACGGGAGAUUCAGGAGAAGAUAAGAGAGGUCCAAGAGUCUUGCUGGAUUCAGAAGGAGCUGGAAAGAGAGAAAGCCAGCCUGACUCAGUCACUGGUGGAGAAAGAACAGAAACUCCUUGUCUUGCAAGAAACUGACUCUGUUCGACAACAAGAGCUGAGCUCCUUGCGCCAGGACAUGCAGGAGGCCCAGGGAAAGCAGAAAGAGCUCAGUGCCCAGGUGGAAUUACUGAGGCAGGAGGUGAAGGAAAAGGAGGCUGACUUUCUGGCUCAGGAAGCGCAGCUGCUAGAGGAGCUGGAGGCAUCCCGGAUGACAGAGCAGCAGCUGCGAGCUUCCCUGUGGGCCCAAGAAACCAAAGGAGCCCAACUCCACCUGCGACUGCGAAGCACGGAGAGCCAGCUGGAGGUGCUGACUGCAGAGCAACAGCCCGGGCACCAGGCCCAAGCCCAGCUGGCCAGACUCUACUCAGUCCUGCAGCAGAGUUUAGGGUCCGGGUGUGAGACCAGACCCGAACUGAGUGGUGGAGGAGACUCUGCUCCCUCCUUCUGGGGCCCUGAGCCAGACCAAAAUGAAGCUAGGAGCAUAUUUAAAAGAGAGCCCCUCCUGACUGCUCUCUCAGCUGAGGCAGUGGCAUCUGCCCUCCACAGACUUCAUCAGGACCUGUGGAAGACUCGACAGGCCCGGGAUGAUCUGAAGGAUCAAGCCCAGAAGCUGGAACAGCGUCUAACUCUUACUGAGGCUGAGAAGAAGCAGGUCUGCACAGAGUUACGGGAGCUACAGAGCCAGCUCUCCCAGAACCAGGAAGAGAAAUCCAAAUGGGAAGGAAAACAGAUUUCCCUAGAAUCUGAGCUGAUGGAACUGCAUGAAACCACGGCAUCCUUACAGAGUCGCCUACAGCAAGCUGAGCUCCAGAGAAUAGAAGCCCAAAAUGAGCGAGAGUUGCUUCAGGCAGUCAAGGAGAACCUGACAGCCCAGGUGGAACAGCUGCAAGCAUCCAUCACAGAAGCCAGGACUCAAGCAAGUGCUGCAGGGAUUCUAGAAGAAGACCUGAGAACGGCUCGCUCAGCCCUGAAAUUGAAAAACCAGGAGGUGGAGAGUGAGCGUGAGAGAGCCCAAGUCCUGCAAGAGCAGGGCGAGCUGAAGGUGGCCCAAGGGAAAGCUUUGCAGGAGAAUCUGGCUCUCCUGGCCCAGGCGCUCUCUGAAAGAGAAGAGGAGGUAGAGACUUUACGGGGGGAAAUGCAGGAACUGGAGUCACAACGGGAAAUGCAGAAGGCUGCUCUGGAAGUGCUGUCACUGGACCUGAAGAAGAGGAACCAAGAGGUAGAUCUGCAACGAGACCAGAUUCAGGAGCUAGAGAAGUGUAGGUCUGUUUUAGAGCAUCUGCCCCUGGCUGUCCAGGAACGAGAGCAGAAGCUGUCUGUCCAAAGGGAGCAGAUCAGAGAGCUCGAGAAGAGCCGGGAGACUCAGAGGAACAUCUUGGAGCAUCAACUUGUAGAACUUGAGAAGAAGGCCCAAGUGAUUGAGUCCCAGAGAGGCCAGAUUCAGGAUCUGAAGAAGCAGUUGGUUACUCUGGAAUGCCUGGCCCUGGAACUCGAAGAAAACCAUCACAAACUGGAGCACCAGCAGAAGGCGAUUGAGGAGUUGGAAGGCCAGAGGGAAAUGCAGAGGGUAACUCUGACCCACAUGACAUUGGAUCUGGAGGAAAGGGGCCAGGAACUGCAGGUCCAGAGCAGCCAGAUCCAUGAGCUGGAGAGCCACAGCACUCUUCUGGCUGGGGAGCUCCAGGAGAAGGACCAGGAGGUGAAACGCCAGCAAGAACAGAUCGAGGAGCUGCAGAGACAGAAGGAGCAACUGACCCAGGAUCUUGAGAGGAGGGACCAGGAGUUGAGGCUCCAGAAGGAGCGGGUUCAGGUCCUAGAAGACCAAAGGACGCUGCAGACCAAGAUCCUGGAGGAGGAUCUGGAGCAGAUCAAGUUGUCCUUAAGGGAGCGGGGCCGGGAACUGGCCUCUCAGAAGCUGCACACACAGGAGCAGGCAGAAGAGGGGAAAGGCCAAACUAAAGCACAGCGCGGGAGCCUCGAGCACAUGAAACUGAUUCUGCGUGACAAGGAGAAGGAGGUGGAAUGCCAGCAGGAGCACAUCCAGGAACUUCAGGAGCACAAGGAACAACUAGAGCAGCAGCUGCAGAGCCUGCACAGGAAAGUGGGUGAGGCCAGCCUGCUCCUGACACAGCGAGAGCAGGAGAUGGUGGCCGUACAGCGGCACCUGCAGGAAGCCAGGGAUCAAGGGGAGCUGAAAGAGCGAUCACUUCAGGGCCAACUGGAAGAGGCCCAGAGAGCCCUGGCCCAGAGGACCCAAUUGCUGGAGACCCUGCAGCAGGAACAGCGGCAGGAGGAGCGUGCAAGGGAACAGGUAAGUGCACUCCAGGGAGCUUUGGAGCAGGCCCAUGGGACACUGAAGGAGUGCCAAGCGGAGCUUGAGGACCACAAGGAGCAGGUGCAAAGGCUCCAGGAGGAGCUGGCCAUGGAAGGACAGCGGGUACAGGCCCUGGAGGAGGUGUUGGGUGAACUGAGGGCUGAGUCUCGGGAACAAGAGAAAGCCCUUCUGGCCAUUCAGCAACAGUGUGCUGAGCAGAAACAGGAACAUGAGGUGGAGAUCAGGGCCCUGCAGGAGAGCUGGCUACAGGCAGAGGCCACACUUAAGGAGAGGAGCCAAGAGCUGGAGACCCUGCAGGCUGAUAGCCAAUCCUGCCAGCAUCGGGAGGCGACUGCCCGGGAACAGGCGGAAGCCCUCCAGGAGGCCCUCAGCCAAGUGCAGGCUGCCCUUCAGGAGAAAGAGCAGCAUCUCUUUGGGCAGGCAGAGCUGAACUGUAGCCUGGAAGCCAGCACUGCCGCUCUGCAGGUUACGCUGGACUCCUGCCAGGCACAAACCCGGCAGCUGGAGGAGGCCCUGAAGAUGCGGGAAGGUGAGCUCCGGGACCAGGAUCUGCAACACCAGGAGGUUGUACAGCAGCUCCAGCAGACACUUGUGCAGAGAGAUGAAGAACUGAGACGCCAGAAGGAACAGGGAAGGCUGCUAGAGAAUUUCCUCACUCAGAGGGACCAAGACAAUGUGAUCCAAGCGGGGCAGGAAGAGAUGAAAGGCCUUCGUGAAAACUUGAGAGAGCUCCAACUGACUCUAGCCCAAAAGGAAGAGGAGAUCUUGGAGCUAAAAGAAGCCCACCAAAGAAGGAACCUGGAGGACUCACCCCAAAGCCACAAAGCCUCCCCAGUGGAGGAGCCCUCUUUAACAGUUGAUUGUUUAGGACCCAGGAUGCAGCAGGAGCUAGAGCGACUACAGGGAGCCCUGAAGCAGACGGAGGCCAGGGAGAUUGAGUGGAGGGAGAAGGCCCAGGACCUGGCACUGUCCUUGGCGCAGAGCAGGACCAGUAUCAGCAGUCUGAAGGAGGUGGCCAUGUUCCUGCAAGCCUCUGUCCUAGAGCGGGACUCGGAGCAACAGAGGCUGCAGGAUGAGUUGGAUCUCACCAGACAGGCUCUGGAGAAGGAGCGGCUAUACAGCCCAGGCCCGACCAGUAGAGCCGAACCAGGACACAGAGGAAAGCAGACUAUGCAGCCAGGAGUGGUCUCAGGAGUAGAAGCUGAGCCUAGCCCCAGAAUGGAGGAGAAACAGAGACAAAGACUUGAGCACCUACAGCAAGCAGUGGCACAGCUAGAGAUUGAGCGGAGUAGGCUGCAGCGCCAUAAUACCCAGCUGCGGACCACCUUGGAGCAGGUAGAACGGGAGCGGAGGAAACUGAAGAGGGAUGCCAUGCGCGCUGCCCGGGCGGGGGUCCUGGAGACCAGCGAAGGCACACCACCACCACCUACACAGCAGGAUGCAAUAGGACAGAAGUGCUCCUCCGAUGUUCUGGCUGAACUGCAGAAAGAGGUGGCCCUGCUACGAGCCCAGCUGGCCUUGGAGCGGAAGCAGAAAGAAGAGUACAUCGCUCGCUCAGUGCAGACCAGCCGUGAGCUAGCAGGACUGCACCACAACCUCUCCCACUCACUCCUUGCUGUGGCCCAGGCCCCGGAGGCCACUGUCCUUGAGGCUGAGACCCGCAAGCUGGAUGAGUCCCUGACCCAAAGCCUGACAUCCCCAGGGCCUAUCCUGCUACACCCCAGCCCCAGCCCCAGCCCUAGUGCUACCCAAGCCACCACCAGGUAG